GCGGGGUGCGGCAAGCCAGGGCGUGGUGGCAGAGCCCCACCCUACCCCAGGGCUGCCGCCGCGCCCACACGUACAAAAGCCUGGGGCGGACGGGAAUCAUCACCACUGCCAAGGAGCACUCCCAAGGACGAGUAGUUGGAUACCAGCCGAGCAAGAUGUGGACUUCCCUGAGCGUGCUCGUCCUGGGGCUGGCGGCCUCCGUCGCCGCCGGCGUGGCCAGCGCGGUGAACAAGAGGUCCUUGGAGGGCGCGGCGCACCUCGGCCACCACAGCCUGCCCCUCGAGGGGGAGCACCACGAGCAGCACCACGAGGAGCACUACGAGGAGCCCAAGCCCUACAAGUUCGGAUACGGCGUGAAGGACCCCCACCAGGGCCUGGACUUCAACCAGCAGGAGGCCAGCGACGGCCACACCGUCACUGGUCACUACCGCGUGCAGCUGCCCGAUGGCAGGACGCAGGUGGUCACCUACACCGCGGACUGGAAGAACGGCUACAAUGCCAACGUGCAGUACGAGGGCGAGGCCUCGCACCCGAAGGUGAUCGCAGCCCCGUCAGUCGGCCACGGCUGGUCGGGGGCGGAGCUGCAGAGCAGCGGUGCCCUCAGCGGCAGCCUCGGAGGCGGCAGCAGCAGCAGCGAGUACUACAGCUCCGGCGACCACAGCUCCAAGUGGACGCCGAGCUCCCACCCUUAAGUUAUUGUGUAUUAUUUUGUAUGCCCCCCUCUCUUUCUUCGGGGACUGUUCCUGUUUGUUGAAAAUAAAGACUGUUUUUUCCUCUGUUACAA